CUGACAACAAAGAAGCCGGAAGUUUUGACUUCAGAUGAAUGUGUGUGUGUUUUGUUUGUAAUAAAACUGCAAACUAUGAACGAUUAUUGAUUUAUUAAAACUCGGUGCAACUCGAAUUGAAAAUAUAAACGAGAUGGAGUUGCUGUUUGAUCCCUCUUAUUUCCUCAAAAAUUCCUCUAAUGGCACAAACACCACCGACCUGACAUAUGGCUUUGUGUCCUGCGCCGUCUCCGUCCUCUUCUACGGGAGCAACUUUGUUCCUGUAAAGAAGAUCGACACUGGUGAUGGCAUGUUUUUCCAGUGGGUUCUUUGUGCUGCUAUAUGGACGGUGUCUUUGAUUGUGAACAUCAUCUUGGGCAGCCCAAAGUUCUGGCCUCUGGCAAUGCUAGGAGGAGCUAUCUGGGCUACAGGCAAUAUCACAGUUGUGCCCAUAGUUAAGACCAUUGGACUCGGCCUAGGUCUAUUAAUAUGGGCUUCCUUCAACCUCCUCAUGGGCUGGGCCAGCUCACGAUUUGGCUGGUUUGGCAUCGAGGCGGAGAAAGUCACCAAACCAACACUUAACUACUGUGGAGCCGGCUUGUGUUUGUUUAGCGCCAUCGUGUUCUUCUUUGUGAAAAGUGAUGGUCAGAGACCUCCUUCACCUGAAGAGACUCCGCUGUUAAUAGACAACAGUGUGAAUGCUGACCAUCAAUCAUCAGAUAACUCGUGGGUGGACAUGCUGCCGCCCUUCACCAAGCGCCUGGUAGGUUCGCUACUUGCCGUAGGUGCAGGAUUACUUUACGGCUCGUCGUUCAUCCCUGUGCUGUACAUCAAAAACCAUGCAGCUCAGCAGGACAGCCAGUAUGACGGGGCGAGUCAGUUUGAUCUAGAUUACGUCUUUGCUCAGUUCAGCGGGAUCUUCCUCACCAGCACUGUGUAUUUCUUUAUCUAUUGCGCCUGUAAAAAGAACAAACCGCAAGUUUUCCCUAAAGCCAUACUACCAGGGUUUGUUUCCGGAGUGAUGUGGGGCGUCGCCACAUGCUGCUGGUUCCUGGCCAAUCACUACCUGAAGCCAGUGGUGAGCUUCCCGAUCAUCACCACGGUUCCUGGGCUUAUUGCUGCUUUGUGGGGGGUUGUUGUGUUUAAGGAAGUAAAAGGACUGAGGAACUACCUGGUGCUCAUCCUGGCAUUUUGUUUGAUCGUGAGCGGCGCGUUGCUGACUGCCUUCUCGAUGUAGUUCCAGAUGUCCACCACAAGGUGGACACAAAAUCCCAAAUCACCUGCUCACUGUUUACCUUCAUAAACCACUGUGUACCUCAGCGUAACAUAUAAGUGCCAUAUAAGACCUAAAGACACAAAACCUGAGUCUUUUCAUUUUAGUGCCAGUUCUCUGGACCCACUGUAACUGACCUGUAAUAUUCACUGCUUUUCUUUCAAUCACAUUUACCUCAUUUUACCUCAGGUCACUUUAAAUGAUAGUGGGGCAAUUUGCCAGUCUUCUGUAUGCUUAUUAAUAUUAACUGCAUUGUUGAUUUCCUGCCACUUUACUUUAAUUUUACAUUAUUAUGAAGGGAUUACAGUCAGGCAGCUGAUUAUGAGGGCAAACUUUAUUAGAAUUUAGAUUUUUUUGUAAUAAAAAGCUCCUGUUUUGAUAA